AUGGAAAGAAUCGAAUCCCCGCGACUGGGUUUGGACGGGGCUUUUGACACCCUUCUGUGUGCCUGUUUCAGGAAAAUUCCCGAAAGAGAAGAUGACUUUUUGCCCCCUGCUUGCUGUCUGCUGGAGAAACAAAGGGAACUGGCAGAGGUGGAAAAAACUCUGUUGGCCCAGAAAGAGGAAUUCCAGUUGAAAAUGGAAGAGCUGCGGCAACGACGGAAGGAACUGGAGCUCAAAGAGGGCCAGCUCAAAAAGUCCAUUUUAAAGUUUGACAAGUUCCUGAAGGACAAUGAUGCCAAGCGUAGCCGGGCUCUGCGGAAGGCUGGCGAGGAGAAGCAACAAGCGGCCCAGAGAGUGGCGGAAGCUGAGAGCCUCAAGGAGGAGAUUGCACACCUGCUGGCCGUGAAGGACAAGCUGCAGUGGCAGCUGGAGAGACAUAAGGUCUUCCCGGAGUAUCUGCAGAAGGUUCUGGAAAAGACGGAGCAGGCCCAGUUUCAGGACAUCCCAGAGCUGAUUGCCCGGUUCGAGGCUCUGAUGGCCACUCAGGCCACGUUGGCCCAGAGGGAGCUCUUUGGCCGGGAAGCCGUGGAGGAGGAGCGUGCCCGCCUGCAACGCUACACGGAGGAAAGCAGCAACCAGAUCUUGCAGCAAAACAACCGGGUGGCGGAACUGCAGGCGCAGCUGGAGCAAGCCCAGGCCAGGGUCCUGGAACUGGAGUCUAGCUGGGUUUGCAUCCAGAACACCGCUGCCGACAAGACGUUGGAGCUUGGACGGAUCAAGCUGGCAGCUUUGAACCUCUUCCAGAUGGCUGCCAAGCACAGGAAGCUGCCGGCCGACGUUCCUAUGGAAGACACGGCAGCCCAACUCGAUGUGGUCGAGCUUUGCGUCGUGGACUUGAACGACAUCCUGGCCAACUUCCGCAAAGGGGAGCCCACGCCAGUCCCUCAGCCAGAAACAACAGUGGCAUCUCGAUCCGAGACAGACCCCAGCUAA